AUAUAUUUGGACCUGCGGUUACAAGUGAUAAAAAAUGUUUGGCUUUUGAUAAAUACAGUGAAACGUUUUGGCAAUCCUGUAGUUUACCAUAUAAAAGUGUCUGCAAAACAAAAAAUGGAACAUACAUAAGUGGUUUCGCAGGACAACAAUCGUUACUUUCAUGGGCAUCAUAUAUCAAGCAGUGUUUUAAAAACAUCUGUUACCCAAUCACUUUGGAAGAUGUCCAAAACAGACCACAUCAACUUUACGAGCUUGCAACAAGCUUAACAUGGACACGUCUUACACAAAGCACUGUAAUUUAUGGGUUCAGAGAAUUCAACACAACAAUGAACAUAUCAUACGGCUAUCUUAAAAGACAAGGUGAACAUGUAAAUAUGCUUUUUACAGAAGACGGUAAUGUAGCUAAACGAACCCUUUUUGAAUCACCUGAUGUAAAAGAAUCAUCAACAUCCGUAUCUCGUGAAUCAUCAACAUCCGUAUCUCGUGAAUCAUCAGCAUCGAAAACCUCCAUAGGGUCAUUCGCAUCAGAGACAACGAGCGUUCCGAUUAAGGAAUCACAGAUGGGUCAAAGCUCCUCUAUAAUCGUUCCGGUAGGUGUUUCGUCUAUUGCUGUCACUGUCGUUGUGCUAGUUGUGGUACUCGUCGUAUUAAAGAGACGUGGCAAAAUCCCACCCACAUGUUUCAGAAAUGUUCAAUCUGAUUCUUCAGAAUAUGCCACACCAGAAAUUCACCGAGUUGAUCAACAUGACUACGCUUCUUUAGGAUUAAAUCAGGGUCAAGUUAGUGGGAUAGAACUUCCUUCAACGACCUACACUGAUUAUAAUGCCAUUCAUGGAAAUAACGAACAUACGUAUUCUGAAUUAGAAACACAUGCAGAGGCAUCCAACACUGAUGCAAACAUUGAAAGUCAUUAUUACAGAUACUAGAUAUGAACAAGAGCGAAACAACAUGCGUAUGGCACUUUGUAAAUGAAAGCUUUCAAUUAAGUAUAAUCAUAAGUUAUGUACGUUGUAGACGUAGUGAACAGGGAUAUAUAAUCUACAUGAGAUAAAUUUAGUUACGGAUGUCGACCUCCAAGUCUGUAUUUCCGUUAUGCAUAUUUAUAUUAGCUUUAAGACAAAGUCUGUUAACAAAAUGUUUUUACAAUGUCACAUUUUUUAUAUUUUACAAAAUUUAUUCUUUAAGUUUUUUUAAAUCGUAAAGAAUCUUUUUUAACCCAAUAAAUGUUUUCAUUUUCAUA